CAGUGGAAAGUGUCGGAAAAGUUGUCUCAGCCUAGUCUGUUUUCUAGAAAAUAAAGAGAGGGAGAGUGAGAUCGAACGUAUACGUAAUACGCCGCACCUUACGUAUACGCAACAUGAUGCUUUCCCGCCGUGAGUGCGAGAAAAUAUUGAAAAAUGCACAAAAUAGUGCCGGGAAAUCCAAACUAAUGGACUAUACUGUCGUUAGGGAUCUCAGUGCGAUCGGCUAUCUGGGGGAUUACUAUGUACUCACUAUAAGCUAUUGCUAUGAGGAAGACGAAGUCGUUAGAGAUAUUAAACUCUUUGUAAAAGCUAUGCCGCAGCAAAGUGCUGAAUUGGCUAAGGAGGAAAUUUUCCAAAAAGAGGCCUGGCUUUACGACACACUCCUAAGAAAAAUGCAAACAUUUUCCAAGAUAAAAUGGAGCGCUGAUUGUGUAUACACUCGAAAUGAUUUAAUGGUCCUGGAGGACAUUAAACUGAAGGGUUUCAAGGCAGCUGGGUCCACAGAACUCAAUGAGGGUCACAUGCAACAAUUAAUCAAAUCAGUGGCCUCCUUUCAUGCUGCUAGCUUGAUUUACGAACUUCAGACGAAAACCAAUAUAGGUCAAACCUAUGGGGAUCAUUUGCAGGAGAUCACUGUAGCCUCGGAAAUAGCCUGGUUCACCACAGGACUCUCCGCUGUCCUGGCUGCAACUCGAAGUCUUCCUCAAUAUCAGGGAAAUAGGGAACUAGCUUUUAUAGAUAACGAACUUUUGAGCAUACUGGGGGAAAUCUAUGAGCAGGUGGCUCCUUCGAAAAAGUAUAGAAAUGUACUCUGCCAUCGCGACCUUUGGGCGGGUAAUAUUUUCUUUCCUCCCGAAAAAACUGGACCCGCGUUGUUGAUUGAUUUUCAGACCUGCCGCUACACUCCCCCAGCAUUAGAUUUGAGCUUCAGUCUCUACAUGAAUUUGGGUUCAAGGGAUCGCAAGAAAAUGGAGAUGAAAUGCAUUGAUUUGUACCACAAACAUUUAAUACAGAAUCUAUCAGAUUUUGGCCUGAAAGAGUUAGUGAUCGCCAAAUCGGAGCUGCUUGAAUCGUUUGAAGAAUUCCGGUUAUUUGGAGUUGUUUACAGAGCGGUCGCUGCUACGGUCGUAAAAGUUCCCACCGAGUUUGUGACGAAUGAUUUCAAGUAUGUGGAUCGGAGCAACGUGAUACUCUCCUACAUGAAAACGAACCACGAGUUCAGGACCUACAUGGAGGAAUGCUGUGUGGAUGUCAUGGAAAUGGCCUUGGCCAGGGCAAGCAUGUGAGGGAAUCUCGUUUCCCGAUACUGCCGAUAAGGAAGUGUGCCGUGAGAGACCGGCUCACUGGCGAUAAGAACUCAUGGUAAAUAAAGCUAAACCAAAUAAAAGCUUAUGAUCGAAA